AUGGCACCCAAGCAUGGGCUCGCUGCCUUACAGGCGGAAGAGAAAUCAGCCAAGCGGGUAAAGAACUCAGAGACGCCAGCGUCACGGUCCGCGACGCCCGCGGAUAUCACGGGCAAGGUACCUUUCACGGUGCACUACCCGCAGAUGAACUCGAAGCGGAAGCUCAGCAAGAAGGAGCAGGAGCUGGUAAAUCACGCGGAGUUCCAAGAAUCGCCAUUCGUGGCCAAGGGCGCGGCCAAGAAGGGCGAGCUGGACCAACACUACACGGUCACGCCGUUCAAGGAGUGGGAUGCCAUGAAGAAGUACAAUAACUUCAUUAUCCAGGGCGAGACGUAUAAGAAUCACCACUUUGUGUACGUGAGGGGGGAAGACACCCCUAAGGGCAACGUCGAACGCGACAAGGACUUCUGGGUCGCGAGGAUUCUACAAGUCAGAGCGAUAAAUCCACAACACGUAUACGCGCUGGUUGCCUGGAUGUAUUGGCCUGAAGAACUCCCGCCACCGAAAACUAAGACCACAGAUACCGUGAACUCCAUCUCAGGACAGCGGAAAUACCACGGCAGCCACGAGUUGAUAGCCUCGAAUUACAUGGAAGUGCUUGACGUAUUGUCGUUCGCCGGCAAGGCCGACGUCGAACAUUGGAAGGAAGAGGACGACAACCUGACCUCGAAGCUAUACUGGCGCCAAACCUUCUGCCGCGAGACCCAAGAACUAUCUGCCCUACGCAAACACUGUAUCUGCGACGGCUACUUCAACCCCGAAAUACCCAUGCUAAUCUGCGACAACCCCGACUGCAAAGUCUGGCUACAUGAAGAGUGCCUCCUCGACUCCAUCCUCACCAAAACCUGCGAGCGCCUGCUAGGGCCUGAGGCCGAAGACGCCGCCCCCGCCAAAACCAACGGCCGGAAAACCAAGACGGGCCGCAAGCCCUGGAAAGGGAAAUUCGCAGCGCACAUCAACGCCGAAGAGGGAGGCAGCCAUACCACGGUCACCAUCACGGAUUUACGGAGUAAUAGCGAAGGCCCCAAGACCUGGACCGAGAGAGUCUCAUGCUUGAAAUGUGACGCUUUGCUGGAGUGA